AGAACCUGGCUUUCUGUGGUUGACUGGAGAAUCCGAAUCAAAGUCUUCCAGGCCGCUGUUCUGUUGCCGGAUUGUCUUUGCUGCGGGUUCCAUUUGAAACGGAAGAGAUUGCUAUGCCUUGCCAGAAGCUGGUGAUCAAGUGUGGCAACUUUGCCAUUCUGGUGGAUUUCCAUAUUAUGCCCCAAGACUCCAGUGAAGAAGCCCGAUGGUUCUGGAAUCACAGGAGAGAGGAAAUCUGCCUGCUGUUGCAAGGCACAGUGGAAUCGAGAGUAGAACAGUUCCUGGAAGCUCGUAAGCGGCACGACCAAGGGAAGCAGCGGCCGGAAUACACACGGGAGACUCCUGUGUCUCUGGAAGGUGACGGCUUUUACGUUACGGCUUACUUUGUGAAGAGAUGGGACCCUCUGCGUAUUGCAGGGCAUCAGUACAGAGAGCUGCGUAUGUUUCCAGACCGGCUGGUGAUUUGUGUCACGAGACUCGAAUCGGGUUUGCCUCUUUGCACCAGGGAAUAUACAGCACCGAAAGAGAACAUGCCUGUUGGGACAUCUGAAUAUUUUGGAAAAUCCGAUGAAGAUGAGGAGGGCAAGAUUUCCCUGACGCAGGAGAAGAAGAAAGACACUCUGAAAAAGAUAGUGAAGAGGACGAAAACCAAGAGGGCUAACGAGAGCAAACCUCAGCUCAACAAGGACACCGUGGAAGUGUAUCUUGGCUCGCUGCGCUCAGACAGGGAGUAG